CUUCACUCAACCUUCAAGACAACCCGCACACGCCGCCGUCGCAGUCGUCCCCUUCUAACAACGGACCAGAGCCCUUCCUGUCUCCGCCGAGUCAUGGGUGCCACUUUUGCGCUGUCAACCAACUUCGAACCUUUUGCAAACCAAGGAAUGCCAGCGUACCGGCGUGUCAGUGGCCACCAUCAAGUGUCACUUCUAGAUGCUUCGUACGGAUCCUCUCACUUCAUCUGAUCUGGAAAAUCCCCGUGGCAUUUGGAGAACGACGAACCCACCAUAGCACCACUACAAAUGUACAGAGACAAUAAUCCAUACGCCAUCGCCGAUGUUGGCUGAAGAUGAGGCUUUUCCAGAAAGAGACCGCUGGCUGACUGCGUGGAACGAAUCGAACGAUCAAUAACUUCUACCGUUUCCAGGCUAACGAUCAUCCGCUGCAUAUGUCGCGUGGUCAACAAUAGGCUGCCCCAAAGUAGAGACGGCCCUCCAAUCAACUUCAUUCCUUCCUCGGCCGGUCCCUCGGCCUUCCGUGUCCGUGGCUGAUCACGCUGGCCUUCUUGGGGACGUUGGAGACUUUGGAGCCAUUCCCAGCUGCCCGGAACUCCAGCCAUCCGAGCUGUGGCUGCAGCCGAGCGCCUGGCUUCUCUCCCUCCCGAACUCCCAAGGCCCGGCACUGGCCCUGUCACCGUGUUACCCUUUCUUAGAAGCAGCACUUUGUGUGUGCGCUCUCCACCCCAUCCGCCCACCUUUCCAUCACUCGGUUCUUCGUUUCCGAGCCAUGGUCCAUCCCUCGAGAAUCCCUCUCGUCCAAUCCAAACACACACACACCCAAAACCACGGAUACGUCGCUUGCUGGCUCGACUAAACCAUGAACACAUCUCAUCCGUGCGGGGAUGCGCCGUCGUCCCAGAUGUCUCUUAGGUUGGAUGCAGCUCCCUCCCGCCCACACCGUCGUCUAUCCAAUAUCACACUUUCUGCAACCCGCUGCUGCUCUUAUCCCAGCGGCUGGCCCCAUUCCAGGCAACCUAGACAUCUCGGGAGAGCCCUGCCUGUUCAAACUUCUCACUCCGGCUUCUGGACGGAUCGUCGUCACAUCAGCACGCCCCCACGAACUCCGCCCAGUGCCGCCGGGAACUCGAAUGUCCAUCACUGAUCGUCGCGGCUCCCGGUCUUGAAAAAGGGCUGCGUGGUAUCCGUACCGGUAAACCUUCAAAAGAAGAAAACCUCCGGAUCGACCGCCAGGAUCAGAGCUCAAAAAGCCACUGAUGUUUCACUGGCAUUCUUCCUUCCUUUUUGCAGCUCUACACCCUCGGAGCUCUUAAAAGAUGGUCACCAUCCUCCCUUCCCUCUGGCCUUGCCCAGACCUGAAGAAGAUCUCUCUUCCCUCACGCGAUAAUCUAUCUUCUUGGCUCAACAUGCCGCUCUCCAACUACCUCGUUCAGGCGUCCAUCGCGGUCUUGUUGGUCAUCUUUGGGAUCCAGAUGCAGACAACUGCCGCCCAGGCUACUCCGCUCACUUGCACAAAUGUCGACCAGCCGAACCCCAUCUUCAGUCAGUACCCGAAUAACGCCACCGGUCUCCUGAACGUCACCAUGGUCAUCAUCCCGAUUCCCAUGACGACUGCGCGCCAAAUCAUUCCGCAGCAGUAUGGGAUUCUCGAGGGCGCAUACCGGGCUCUCAUGCCGAACUUCCCCGCCGACAUGUAUCCCGUUGUCGUCCAGGCUGGUCACGAUCACGAUAUUCGCUUUCAGGACUUUGGAAUCCCCGACUUUAGUAAAUCUGGCUUUGAGUUCCCCUUCCUGGACCUCCUAGGCGACGGCAAAUCGUCGUUCCGAUGGGCUCCUGAGCAAUUGAUUUCGGCCUCCAACCCCGCUGCCGUCACCGGCUCCCAAGCGUACGGCACCGAAGUCCACGCCGCCACCUUUGCCCCCGAAUGCAAUGCAUACUCGGCUACCGCGGGAGGCGGCACUUCAUUCAACGGUACCGCCGGUGACAAGUACAUGUCCCUCGAGAUGAAGAAGUCAUCAUGCGGUGGCAAGGCCCCGCCUUACACGCUGGCCAUGUUCGACACCAUCAUCAACCAGCCCAUCUUCGCCAACGGCUCGACCUGCGAUCAGCAGAUCCGCCUCUUCAACACCUCCGUCACCACCGGAGCCUUUGAGCCUGUUCCCGUACGCGGGACGCUCAAGUCGAAUCUUGGACCAUUCCAAACCGACGCUUCGUUCUCCGACGUGGCUGGCUUCCAGGCCGCUACGCCCUUUAUCGAAAAUAACUAUCUUCCUUGCGAAAUGUUUAGAGGAUACAACCCUGUUAAGACUACUUGAUACCCCCUUUCUCCAUUGUGGAGUGAGGAACCUUUUUUUUACAACUUAAUUUCUAUUUACCCCC